AUGUUACGAACGACGGCGAGCCGGUUGUCCGGCACCGCGACCUCGCGACGAUGCAUCUCCUCGACCUCGUACCGACAAUCUCACAUCGGUUCAGCACCGCUGACCAUCCCUUCCUCGGUCACCCUCGAGCUCCCCGCUCACUCUCUUCCUCUCUCUUCGACUUCGGCCAACUCUCCUUUGAGGUCGAUCGCCAUCACAGGACCGUUGGGACGACACGACCUCCCCAUCGCGCACCCCGUCGUGCUUCACCCGCCUACCCCGGAAAACCCUAAUCAGCUCAGCGUGACCGUCCAGAACCCGGACCUUAAAGCCCAAGCGGCACUUUGGGGUCUAACAAGAGCUCUUCUAGGGAACGCUGUUAUCGGAGUCUCAGAAGGGUACCGGGUCGUCCUCCGUCUAGUCGGUGUAGGGUACCGAGCCAACGUCGAAGAGAUCCCCCCGACCCUCCGAAGACUCUUGCUUCAACCUCGUUCUCCCACCCAUACCCCGCUCACGUCGGACGAAGCACCUACGGACCGUCUGAACCUGAAGCUCGGGUAUGCGCAUCCGAUCUAUGUGGAUAUCCCUAGGGGGAUCACGGUGUCCACCCCUCAGCCGACGAGGAUCGUGCUCCAGGGUACGGAUAAGCAGAAGUUGGGAUUGUUUGCCGCCAAGAUUAGGCGGUGGAGGAAACCGGAGCCGUACCGAGGCAAGGGUAUCUUCGUCGGGGACGAGACGAUCAAGCUCAAGGAUAUCAAGAAGAAGUAA